AGAGGUGAGCAAAGCACACACGUCGCACUAUCAACUGAACCCAUCUCGGGGAAGCAACUCGCCGGGAGUGCGCGUCCGGGCUGCGUAAAACGAGGCAAGUUUGAGCCUCCUCACCGACAAAGAGCGCAGCGGACGGGCGCAGCUGGCCGUCAUGGCCCGUGGCGGAUCGGGCGGCGGACACUUCGGCGAGUGCGCAGGGGGAGAGGUGGACGCCGCGAUCGCCCUGCCGCCGCUUCCUGCGCUGCCGCAGACGGUGGCGACUUAAAAAAAACAGGGGGAAAAAAAACAGAAAAAAAAGGAAAAGCGGAGCGGCUCUCCUCCGUUGCGCAGCGCCCGGGAGCUGGACAAGUAACGACCGAAAAGAGAAAGAGAAGGGGGUUUGGGGAAAGUGAGGACGGACGCGCAAGGGGCGCCGAGGGGACCCAUGCCGGGCGAGUAUGCAGUUGUGUAGACGCGCCGGGUCCACGCUGCUGAUCGGAACCGAGUGUCCACGGCGCGGCCGAGCCGACCUGCACGGCGGGACCGCUUGAAGGACAGACGCGCACCGAGAGAGGAGGCGCGGGGGGGUGGGGGGGGGGGGGAGUUGAACACGGCUGCGGGGGUUUGUAAUGGAUAAAGGCUCGCCAAAGGUCUCUGGAUUCAAAUGUCACCCCCCUUGGACUCUGCCCUGGUCGGGGACCAGCAGUGUGUGACGGACAGGCGAGUGGAGCCUGUGGUGGCCCUCUUCUGCGUGGCUUCAAAUUGGCCCUGGCUGAGCUCUGCAUGGAUGAACGAGUGAAGAGUCCUGCUAUGGUCUGAUGUCUCAGCAUGGAUGGAGUCAGUCAGAGGACUGGCCACCACUAAUGAGACCAUCGCUCUUCAGCUGAGGACCAGCAUUUACAGGAUUACUCCCACGGUUUCCUGUUCUUUUCCCAGCUAACUGCAUCAUUAUUUAACUCUCCUAGUUGGACUUUUUCCCGAGCCUAGUUUUUGGUGGAUAUAUUGCGUCAUUACUGUUCUGAUUUUUUUUUUUUUUUUUCCCCCACCCAGUUCUUUUUAUUGUUGGUUUCCGUUUUCCCGUUGUGCUUUUCCAUUAUGGAGUUUCUGACUGGACCUUGGAAUAAAGAUUGGGCUUCAUUCUUGCAGUUUUGGUUGACUGUCAUCCUAAGCCUCCAAAUGCAAUUCAGCCCGGGCGCCUCUUGCCCGGAUGAGUGUCGUUGUGACAAAUUGUUUGUGUACUGCAACGAACGCAGCCUGACAUCAGUGCCUCUGGGGAUACAGGAGGGCUUCAAGGUCCUCUACCUACAUAACAACCAGAUCAACAGUGCUGGCUUCCCUGUGGAACUUCACAAUCUGGCCUCCGUGGAGACCGUCUAUCUCUACGGCAACCAGCUGGACGAGUUCCCCAUUAAUCUGCCCAAAAACACCAGGGUCUUGCAUCUCCAGGAGAACAAUAUCCAAACGAUCUCAAAGGCGGCCCUGGCCCAGCUGGCUCAAUUAGAGGAGCUGCACCUUGAUGAUAACUCCAUCUCCACAGUGGGGGUGGAAGAAGGGGCCUUUAGGGAGGCAGUAAGCCUGAAACUCCUCUUCCUCACAAAGAACCACUUAAGCAGCAUUCCCAUUGGCCUUCCUGAGGACCUGAAGGAGCUGCGGCUGGAUGAGAACCGCAUUGCUGUCAUUGCAGAGGAGGCCUUCCAGAAUGUGACACGCCUGCAGCGUCUCCUGCUGGAUGGGAACCUGUUGACAGAUGAGGGCAUUGCGCCAGGGACCUUUCAGGACCUAGCUAACCUCCGCGAGCUGGCCCUGGCCCGCAAUUCACUCACCUUCCCCCCUCCCCUUCUACCCAGCCAGUCACUGGUCAAACUCAGCCUGCAGGAGAACCAGAUGAACCUGAUCCCCGUCGCCGCCUUCGCUGACCUAAACAGGCUGGAAAAACUGGAUAUCUCCAGCAACCAGCUUCAGACUCUAACACAGGGUGUGUUUGACGGCCUGUCCAGCCUAAGGCAUCUCAUAGUGCGUAAUAACCCCUGGCGUUGUGACUGUGCAGUAAAAUGGGUGGUGGUGUGGCUCAAGUCUUUGCCCUCCUCCGUCAACGCCCGGGGGUUUGUGUGCCUGAGUCCAGACAAGGUGCGUGGCAUGGCGAUCAGAGAGCUCACGCUGGAUAUUAUUGAGUGCCCAGUUGAUGCCGAUCAGCCACCCUGGCCCACCCUCCGCUCGACACCCCCUCCCCCACCCACCACCACCCCUAUCCCCACCAUCGUCUCCAAUGUCAUCACAACAUCCAUCCCUUACUACUUUGACUCACCCUCACCUCCCUUACCCCCGAUCCAUGUUAACCCUCCUGGGCCCCUGCCUCCUUAUGAGGACCCACUUCAGAUCUCCUUCAAUGUGGUCAACUCCACCAAUAUUGAGGUGAGCUGGGAUUCCUAUUUCACUGUCACAGCCUACAAGGUCACUUGGGUCAAAAGGGGCCAAACCCAAAUAAACGAAGGAAUGCGGGAGCAGACUGUGAGCGGAGGGCGGCGGCAUAUUAGCCUCACCAACCUGGAGCCCCGGUCUGUGUAUCGGAUCUGUGUACACGUGCUAGACACCCUUAAUUCCUACAGGCCAGGAGAGGAUACUAUAUGCUCGGAGGCCAGGACCAAGCCUGCUUUGUCUACUAAGCCUCCUGGCAGAGACCAAGCUCCGCAGGAGAGCAUCAACUCCACUCUGCUAAUGGCUGCGAUCAUAGGCGGGGCAGUUCUUAUCAUCCUGGUAACGCUGCUCAGUCUGUUCUGCUGGCAUAUGCACAGGAAGAGUCGGUCGUCUUCGGCCAAGUGGAAAUACAACCGGGGAAGGAGAAAAGACGACUACUGUGAGGCAGGAACCAAGAAGGAUAACUCCAUUCUGGAGAUGACUGAGACCAGUUUUCAGAUAGUGGCGCUGAACAAUGAGCAACUUCUCAAGGGAGACUUCCGGAUUCAGCCCAUCUAUACGCCCAAUGGGGGCAUUGGAUUUAGAGACUGUCACCUCAGUAACAACAGUAUAGCCUACUGCAAGAGCAGCAACGUGCCCAGUACAGAGUUCUGCCAAACGUGAUGCAGCAACAAACAGUACAGCGACACACACACACACACACACACACACGCACACACACACACACACACACACACAAAUACACUUUACAAUACCUGCAUAAACACACAUAUACACUGUUUGUGUAGACAAAAAACAAACAUUUAAAAAAUCUAGUGAAAUAUAACUGUACUAUAUAUAUUUCCAAGUUCUGUCUACAAUGUAAUUUAUACUGUGGAUAAUAAUGUGGGAUUCUCUGCUAUCUUUUUUAUUCUUAGAAAAGAGAUAAAAGUGUUUCUUUUUUUUAUAAUCAGCAGGGUUUUGAAAGUUGUUUUAAUGGUCAGUACUGUACAUGAACGUGGAUUUGUACAAUCACGGCACCCUGGGUGUAGCUUCUGACAAACGCUCAGCCUCGGAAAUGUUGGGGCACUUGGAGGGCUGGGAUCCUUUGCUAACCACAGAAGCAAAAUAUGGCCUUUUUUUGCGCUUUGACACACUGAAAACACUCCCCAGUGCAACAGAACAGUAGUAAAGACAACACAGCACGGGGGAAAUCCAAACACUGUUGAUUAGAGAGCGGUGGAAAUAAAGCACUGGUUCAUAGGUGGCAAGUUGUAAAAAAAGAAUUGAAGUGCACUUUUCUUAUUAACGGAAGCAAGGCAGGAAAUGAGCUGUGGUGGUGAUCACACGUAAGGGACUGUGGCUGCCUGUGUAGUGAAAAUGUCAUUGGUGCUGCUGGAAAGCCUGGACGGAGAUUUCCCAAACGUGGCUUCACACUAAAAGCAUCUUUGUUCCGUUGUUUUACAAUGGAACAAAGGUGGGCUUAGUUAAGAGACGCCUUUUUGGGAAAAAACUCUGGAAACGGAGGCGUGAUUUUCAGCACAUUUUCAGUUUUUGUAGUGAGGACGGGCAAUUAUUAACAUGAGUUUUAAAAGCAACAAAGGAUUAUUGUCCCUAAUGAGGCGCAUGGAUGUGCUGAGACAUGCAGAUCCCUUUGAAGAAAUUCUCUGUUUUGCUCUGCUUCUUUUUUUCUUUUUUUCUGCCCAAAUGAGGCCACAAGGGGGCAGCUUCUCUCAGCGUCAGAGGGCAAGACAGACGGAUCACUUUACCUGCCCCGUCCCCCCGGAGUCCAUUACCCAGACGACAUUGCCCAUGCCCAAACUGUAUUGUUUGGAGUAUUAUUGCUCAUCGAGCUAGCUAAUGAUGUGGAAACAUUUAAAAUUAACAGUGUAUUCUCUGUUUGGUGACUAAAUUAUAUGGAUUUUCACCACUGUGGUUUGUCAUGGGGGGGAAGGCCCCUGUUCUUCUGUGUGUGUGUUUGUGUGCGUGUGUGUGUGUGUGAUGAAUUUAGAGAAGACAAACACAUAAUGCUAAUUAAACACCCACUUAUUGCAGCCUUGUCUCAGCGUUCAUUAGGCCUUUUGACGAAUUAGGAAAUUACAACAAUGAGAUCGCCCUCCACCCAUGAUCCACAGUGCACAAUUGUGACUGAGCAGCUCGUCCAGCGUCCCAUCAUUUAUCCCUUUGUCGACCUUUAUGAGACUUGUCUACUUCAUUUAUGGUUUGCACAUCUGAACAAUGCACCUGCUCACCUCACAACAUUAGUUCCUGCAAUGAUGAUGAUUCUCAACCCAUUCCGAUCACUUUCUCUGUCUUUUUUUCAAAAAAAAUUUUUUUUUUAAAUCCCCAUCCAUCUCACUGUCUCCCUGUCUGUCUCUGCACCUCUGAUCCCUGCGUGGGCUCAAUUAAAACAGUUUUUCUGCCCGUCAGCUCCUGGGCUGUGGUGGCAGCUCUUUGCGUGUGAGGUGCCAGUGAGAGGCCUUCAUUAUGCACUUCUUAAGAAGACUUUAUUUGAUUUGACAAGAUUUUAUUUUGAGGGCCCAAGCUUAAAGAAUUCCCACCGCCGACCCCUCCCGUUCACCCCCAACCCCCCCCUCGCCUUCUCAUAAUCCUCGACCAAAAAAGGGAGAAAACUAUGUAGACCUUAUUUUCACUUGGCUGCGUGGAGCUCACACUGGGAGAGCGUGUUAACUCUUUGCGAGGCUCGCACAUUCAGCUGCUUGAACAUACACAGAGAUUCACCACAGACUAGGCCAACAAUUUUAACAGUGAAAUGAUUUUCAAGGGCUUGUACUCGACUUAUUCCCAAGUGUCGAGAUUAUCUCUGAGAGGGUUUACCUCAGAUGUCGGAAUAUCUCAAGAGUAACUGCACUUACUGUAAUUUCAGCAAUAGCUCAGAUCACGACUUUAAUUUGAGGUGAUGCGCAGACGUCCACAGCCCCUAAUUUUAAAUUCUGAUUAAACGAGCCAAUGUUCUGCACAUUAAUUUACACGGUGAUUGCAUGAAAUCAUCGAUCUCAACAUGAUCCUGUUGUGUCCUAAAUCUUGUUUGUAAUGACACACAUUCUUGACCCAUUUAUUGGGGUUUCAUUUCAGUCACACUUAAAGGCAAAUGGCAAUAUCUAAAAUUUAAAAAAAAAAAAAUGCAUUCAUUCAGACAAUACCAUUCUUUUGUCUGUAUGCUAAAUAUGAAGCUACUACUGCCAGGCAGUUAUCUAAGCUUAGCAUUAAGACUGGAAACAGAAGGGAAGUUAGUUAGCCUGGCUCUGUCUUGCCAAGAAACCACAUUGAAUCAGUUUCAUACUUUUGUGUUUGCACGUAUUAAACAACAAUGAUAUCUUGUAUUAAUUUGUGUACCUUAAAAAUGCUGGUAGAGCUUCAUAUUUGCCAUACAGAAAUCACAGUGGUAAAAAAAUCGAAAACUGUUCCUUGAAUCAAAAAAUGUAUAGAUAUUAAAACAAAUUUAUUUGUACUGCAAUGAAACCAACGAUUGUAAUGAUCACAUUCCCCUUGUUUCAACCAAAAUACUAAGGUUUUGAGACAAAGUAUUUCUAGUAUUAAUAAACUUAUACAAGGCUGGUUCAGAUGGGUUAUGUCCAUGUUGGGUUUAUUGUUACUGAGAUCUUCUGUGGUUAUCAAAGCAUCUCCACUUUUUAUUUGACACUUUUUCUACUAAUGUCCACAUAUCAGCACACCCAGUACACAGACGCACCAGUUUGCCCUGACCUGCCGUUUGAUCUGCCCUGCUUAACAAUCAUGAAGCUAACUGACUGGGCACGUAACCAACCGACGGUUCACCAGCUCGACCGUAACCCCAUGUGGAAAUGCAUUUGCAUAAGAUUUUGUUUUUGUGUUUUAUUUUUGUUGAAGAUGAAAGCCCUAUCUCAUGUCACAUGCUGAUAAGUCAGGUCAAACUAUUGCAACAUUAUAGCAUGUCCCCCCUCGUCUGUGAAUGUGUAACAGAGACAGAUAUUUGCCUUACCUCUUAUGCAGGACUGAAUGAGUAGCUAGAGAAAGUUUUGAGUGGGAGCCGAGAGGAGAGGGACAAAUGAAAGAUGAGACACAAAGAGGCCGCGCAACAGAAAGCACAUUUCUCCAACAGAUUGCAGCCACGGCGGCAACAAUAACAGUAUUAACAGGGAGAACAACGCUGAGCAUGACACACGGUAGCUAACGAGAGACUGUUCAUCCAUAGUGCCAGACCAUAACCGGCGCAUGGAUAAUGAUUCCACCAAGACUGCGAAAGAGCUUUGGUGGUUGCGUCGCCGCGUACAUUACUCUUAAUUUUCUACUUGCUUGAUGAAAGAACGCGGCUGCAGUGCCGUGACCAAUGGAAUUACACAAAAUGUAUUAAGAGUCCGCUGGAGUCCGCUUAUUAUCGUUUCAGGGUGCCGAGAAGUAAUUUCCCUUAGAGCGCAUUGAUUCACAUUGAAAUAAUUAUGUUUAAUCACUGAGGGGUCAGUUCAGACUAAACAGACAAGAGGCUGAAGCUGAAUACGCUUUAAGUCACCUUUUCUUCCUAUAGGCAAAACCUUAACUGGAAAUAGCUUUUAGCCAGAGACAUUCAUUCAAGGAUUUUUGCAUGUACUGUAUUUAGCUUCGUAGCCUUUCAUUUUGUCAUACCAGGUUUUGGACUUUUUUAGUUUGUUUGUUUGUUUGUUUUUUGCGAGCCAUCACCCAGUGGUGGUUGAGAUACAGUAUGAGCGAUGUUGGGAUACGUUGCCACUGGCAUCUGUUCCGAAAUGAUCGCAAAGUUGACGUUGGCCACCCGCACCAAGGCGUUUUCUUAGCAACCAAAGUUAAAUUUCUGUUCUCAUGACGAAAUAGUGAUGUUGUUCCAUGUAUGUGCCUUGAGGUUUAACUUACAAUGUAAAGUCCUUGAAACCUUUAAAUGUUUUUGCACAAACUGUAAAUACUUAAGUGAAGCUUUUUGAAAAUAAAAGAGCCAUUGGAUUUGA